UGUCGGAACGGCGGCUACACCACGAAGGACUGCAAAUGCGCUUGCCCAUUGGGCACUACGGGGGCAAACUGCGAAAAUUUCAUCAUGAGCUACAAUGAUGCUCUGGUGAAGCAGAUCUCCCCAGACUCCACCAACAUCACUACCCCAGACGCAGAAGUCAUCUCUCCUGGAUACUACACGCUAGGCUCAACGCAAGACAAAAAUUACACGCAAGUGUUGCGUGCCCCCAAGUGCCAGAGAGCCGUGGCCACUUUUGAAGACUUCAGACUGAAGAAACGAAGCUCGGAAGGAGAGUUUCGCUGCGACGCCAACUCUCUUGAGAUCCACGCUGACGUCUCCGUAUCAGCUGGGGAAAUCUGA